AAAUUAUUGUUAGGACAAUGCUGACUUUAAAAAGUGUGUCUAAUUUUGUUUCUGCUUCAGCCCCUUCAUCUGUAUAGUGGGAAGAAGGUCAACCAUGGCCUCUGCCAGGAAGAUAACUGAGAAGCGGCAUAACCCAGUGGAGAGCAUUCGUAGAAAAAUCAGAGCCAUCCAAAAGAGAGAAGAGGUUUCCAAUCCCAUUCGACAGAUUAUCAAAUACCAAUCGAGCAGUUUUGAUAGUCUGCAGCCUAACACCAGGAAAGAUUUUGAAGAGGUGCUGAAGAGAAUGGCUGCUGCUCACGUCCCCAGACCCAACGCUCGCUGCUCAAGUUCUGAGAAACAUGAUGCUUUUAUUUCAUCUCCUCAAGUAUUGUCUCCAAGGACGCCGUCCAUCUCUCGUUUCAGCUCUCCUGAGAAUGCAACAUACUCUGUUAUCCUCCCAAGUUCUGAAAACAUGUCAAGGCCAAGAUCCCCGAGAUCCCAGGAUUAUAUGUCUUUGAUAUCACAGAUCAGAAAAGGGGGGCUCUUCUCUAACAAGGAUUUGAAUAACUAUUGCAAUGAAAACGAUUUUAGUACCUUGACACUUGACUUUGAUUUUACCUCUGAUCGAAGCUCUGAAUUUUUUACUCCUCAGGAUUCAGUGGUGAAAAAAUUAUCUCUGAAUGAAGAUGGUUGGAAACUAAGAACUGAUGAUGGCAAGGAAGAUGUAAGCUAUACCAUUAACGGGACCUGUGAAGAAGAGUUGUUCACAAGUAUUUUUCAUGUAUGUGACACAAAAUGCAGAGCCUCAGUAGGAGUUGCCGAAAUAAUAGAUUACCUGAGACAAACAACUAGUCACGAUUCUGAAGAGAGUGUCCUUGAUGAGCUGUGGAACAUGCUUGAUCCUGAAAAGAGAGACCUGCACGUGGAUAUGGAAACUUUCCAUGUCAUCAUGAGAGAAUGGAUGGCCUACCAUAGAAACAAAGGGGAAGGAGGGAAUAGUGGAUCAAAUGACAGCAUCGAGGACUCUGUUUUUGAACAGGACAGCAUAAAAUCAGGUGGAACAACCAAGAUGGCGGCAGAUGUAAUAGCGUCUGCAUCCGGGAGCUUCGAGGCUUUGGGUGAAGACAUGUCUAAAGGAGUCUUAGAGGUGUCUGAUUUGAUUACCUAUAUAGCAGACCUGCAUUUCAACAAGCGGAAGUUGGAGGAGGAAAAUAAUAAGUUUAAAUUGGCAUUAGAAACCUUGGAAGAAGCUAACAGCCAGUUAUCAGAGGACGGCACUGAGCUGCGCCUUCGGAUAAAAAGUGCCCACCAGGCUAUUAUGAGAACAAAUCUGUUAAAAGAAGAACUGGAGGAACUGAAAAUUAGUAUGAAUGCUUCAGAAGAGCAGAAGACCAUGCUUGUAGCGCGGAACAAACAAUUAGAGACAGAAAACCGGGCUCUGAUUCUUAAGAUUCGGAUUCUCCAAGAAGAGAAUACUAAGAAUAUUAUGGAUAUAUAUAAAUUGGAAAAGAAGAUAGAGGAAUUGUCUAAAACUGAGACAGAGCACCAAAUGCAGUUACACACGUAUGAGAACGCUUUACUUAGUAAAGACGCAAGUUUGCAGAAGAAGGAUUUAAGUAUAGAAGAACUUAAGUCAACCAUCAUUGAAUAUGGAAGCAUUAUAGAGAAUUUACGAGGGGAUAAAAACAAACUGGCUCAUGAGUUACAGCACUUGCAACAGGAACUCGUCAUAAAUGGGAUCCAGUUGAAUCUUCAUGGAGAGCCUAAUAGUAUCAUCUCUGAUGGAGAAAAAUCUUUGCAUUGUGAACUCAUUCUUGCUCAGUCUGCAGAGAACAAUGAAACCGAGUGGCAGUGCAAUUUAGUCAGCUUGUCAUCUCCAGACAUGAUGAUGGACCAAGCAAUGCCACUGUUCCUGAGAGAACUGGAACAAGAGGGAGUGGAAUUCAGAGUUAUGCUUCACAAACUGCAUGGAGAAGUUUCUGAAGUUGAAACCCUCAUUGAUAGCUCUCUACAGUGGGUAACUAAUCCAGAAAUUACUGUGAAAGAAAAGUGGGAGAACAAGCUUACUGAAUUCAAAUAUAUCAUGGAAGAGAAGCUAAAUCUUUCCAUAUUAAUGCUGAACAGCUUGGGAAACCACAAAGAAUCCCUCGAUAAAGAGUUUGUUAAAUUGAUAGAGAUUCUGAAGAGAUUCAGGCUGGAAUAUUUAUAUUUCAGAAAAGAAUUUCUUUCCAGGCAGAAACAACUAGAAGCCAUUAAACAACUGCAGGAAGAUGCUGUCAACCAGGAAGCCAAUCUCAGGAAGAAGGCCCAAGAAGCCAGCCAACGGCUGGAGGACGCAGAGGAGCAGGUAGCGUGGACUUUGACUACGUUAUAUUCAGGGGAAGUCUUCCCAGAUGUCCUCAAAACCGUGAAGUAAAAAUGGAGGAGGAACAAAAAAAAACAAAG